AUGAAAAUUUCUAAGAAAGACACCAAAUAUAUGAAUAGAGAUUACACAAUCAGUUACAUCGAUGGUUUCAAUCGACAUGAAUUGUACGCCAGACCCCCACCUCUAAUACACACAUUAAUACCACUGCCAUUACCGGUCCACCUUCCACUACCAUUAAUGUCAGAAAAUCAAUUUGUAGACAAACAUCCCGGUCAUCCACUACUUCCAACACAGACUCAUUUAAUAAGUAAUGCUGACCACAGUCUCCAUAAUCACCAUCUUAUACAUGACGGCACAGGAGAGCCGAUAUUUGCUAUGGGGUCUAACCAUAUGGUAGAAUCGGGACAUCCAUUGCCACUAAUGGUACCAAAUGCUGUACCGCUGGAUAUGUCGAUGCAAUUGGCGGCCGAGUCGGAGGUGUUUCCCGUUCAAGUGCUUCCUGUCUUUAUGAAAGAUGAUUCAUUUGAAUCCAUUGCCAACGGUGGAGGAAAUGCGCGAAUAACAUUGAUUAGAUAA